CGGUAUAAAAACUCUGGAUUUCUCCCAACUGCCGUCGCUCUGACCAGCACCAUCUCUUCACUGCUAGUGGGUUUCUGUCAGCUUGUACCAGAGGGGAACAUACUCUUUGGAGAAUAUCUUUUUUUUGUGGCCAUGCCAGAACCCACUAAGAAAGAGGAAAAUGAAGUGGCAGCUCCAGCCCCACCCCCAGAAGAACCAAAAAAAGAGAAGGAGGCCGGGACUGGACCAGCAAAAGAUGAAGAUGAAGCCUCCCUGCCUAGUGCCGUGCCUCCAGGUGUGGGUAGUCGGGCCUUGGCAAGAAAAGACUCAGAAUGGUCUCUUGGUGAAUCACCAGCCCCUGAGGACCAAGCCAAGCAGAAUGCCAAUUCUCAGGAGUCCACCUUGUUCUUGGAAAAGCCUCAGACAGGAGAAAUAAAAGUUGGUGAAAAUAUCACCUUUAUUGCCAAAGUCAAGGCUGAAGAUCUUCUUCGAAAACCUACCAUUAAAUGGUUCAAAGGGAAAUGGAUGGACUUGGCCAGCAAGGCUGGGAAGCACCUCCAACUGAAAGAAAGCUUUGAGAGGCAGACUCGGGUGUACACAUUUGAAAUGCAAAUCAUCAAGGCCAAAGAGAAUUAUGCAGGAAACUACAGAUGUGAGGUCACCUAUAAGGAUAAGUUUGACACCUGCUCAUUUGAUCUUGAAGUGCAUGAAUCUACCGGGACCACUCCAAACAUUGACAUCAGAUCUGCUUUCAAGAGAAGUGGAGAAGGUCAAGAGGAUGCAGGAGAACUUGACUUUAGUGGUCUCCUGAAACGUAGGGAGGUGAAGCAGCAGGAAGAAGAACCUGAGGUUGAUGUUUGGGAGCUGCUGAAGAAUGCUAACCCCAACGAAUACGAGAAGAUUGCCUUCCAGUAUGGCAUCACUGACCUUCGGGGUAUGCUCAAGCGACUCAAGCGCAUGCGCAGGGUGGAAAAGAAAAGUGCAGCUUUUUCUAAAAUUCUGGAUCCUGCAUAUCAGGUUGACAAAGGUGGUAAAGUUAGGUUUGUUGUGGAACUGGCAGAUCCAAAGUUGGAGGUGAAAUGGUUUAAAAAUGGUCAAGAAAUUCGACCCAGUACAAAAUACAUCUUUGAACAUAAAGGAAACCAAAGAAUCAUGUUUAUCAAUAACUGCUCACUGACAGAUGACUCUGAGUAUUAUGUGACAGCUGGUGAUGAGAAAUGCUCCACUGAGCUCUUUGUGAGAGAGCCUCCAAUUAUGGUGACCAAACAGCUGGAAGAUACAACUGCUUACUGUGGAGAGAAAGUGGAAUUAGAAUGUGAGGUAUCUGAAGAUGAUGCCAAUGUAAAAUGGUUUAAGAAUGGUGAGGAGAUUUUCCCUGGUCCAAAGUCAAGAUAUAAGAUUCGAGUUGAAGGCAAAAAACACAUUUUGGUCAUAGAAGGAGCUACAAAGGCUGACACAGCAGAAUAUUCUGUAAUGACAACAGGAGGACAAUCAUCUGCUAAACUAAGUGUUGACUUAAGACCUCUGAAGAUAAUAACCCCUCUGACCGAUCAGACUGUAAAGCUUGGAAAAGAAGUCUGCUUAAAGUGUGAAAUCUCUGAAAAUAUACCCGGAAAAUGGACUAAAAAUGGUCUCCCUGUUCAGGAGAGUGACCGCAUAAAGGUUGCUCACAAAGGAAGAAUCCACAAGUUAGUGAUAGCCAACGCUCUCCUUGAGGAUGAAGGUGAUUAUGUAUUUGCACCAGAUGCCUACACUGAGACUUUGUCUGCCAAAGUCCAUGUUAUUGAUCCUCCUAAGAUCAUCCUGGAUGGUCUUGAUGCUGAUAAUACAGUGACAGUAAUUGCUGGAAACAAGCUCCGUCUUGAAAUUCCUGUCACUGGAGAACCACCUCCUAAAGCAAUUUGGAGCCGAGCAGAUAAGGCUAUUAUGGAAGGCAGUGGCCGGAUAAGAACAGAAUCUUACCCCGACAGCAGCACUCUGAUCAUUGACAUAGCUGAAAAAGAUGACUCUGGUGUUUACCACAUAAAUCUGAAAAAUGAAGCCGGAGAAGCACAUGCCAGCAUCAAAAUUAAAGUCGUGGAUAUCCCCGACCCUCCAGUAGCACCGAAUGUGUCAGAUGUGGGAGAUGACUGGUGUGUUAUGAGCUGGGAGCCUCCUGCCUAUGAUGGAGGGUCCCCAAUCUUAGGAUACUUCAUUGAGAGGAAAAAGAAACAAAGCUCUAGAUGGAUGAGGCUGAAUUUUGAUCUCUGCAAAGAAACCAAUUUUGAGCCUAAGAAGAUGAUUGAAGGUGUGGCCUAUGAAGUUCGAGUCUUUGCGGUCAAUGCCAUUGGCAUUUCCAAGCCCAGUAUGCCCUCCAAGCCUUUUGUGCCUUUGGCUGUAACCAGCCCGCCUACUCUUCUGGCUGUUGACUCUGUAACUGACAACUCUGUCACAAUGAAGUGGAGGCCCCCAGACCAGAUUGGUGCAGCAGGUUUAGAUGGCUAUGUGCUAGAGUACUGUUUUGAAGGAAGUCCAUCAGCAAAACAGUCUGAUGAGAAUGGGGAGGCUGCAUAUGAUCUUCCAGCUGAGGACUGGAUAGUUGCCAACACAGAUUUGAUCGACAAGACCAAGUUCACCAUCACUGGUUUGCCCAUGGAUGCAAAGAUCUUUGUACGUGUGAAGGCUGUGAAUGCUGCAGGUGCCAGCGAGCCCAAGUACUACUCCCAGCCCAUUCUUGUGAAGGAAAUCAUAGAACCUCCAAAGAUUCGUAUCCCAAGACACCUGAAGCAAACUUACAUUCGCAGAGUUGGAGAAGCUGUCAAUCUGGUUAUACCUUUCCAGGGAAAACCAAGACCAGAAUUAACUUGGAAGAAGGAUGGUGAAGAAAUUGAUAAGAAUCAAAUAAACAUUCGUAAUUCUGAAACUGAUACAAUCGUAUUUAUCAGAAAAGCAGAGAGGAGCCACUCUGGGAAAUAUGACCUGCAAGUCAAAGUUGAAAAAUAUGUGGAAAGUGCAUCCAUUGAUAUCCAGAUUGUUGACCGCCCAGGCCCACCUCAACUUGUGAAGAUCGAGGAUGUCUGGGGAGAGAAUGUUGCUCUGACAUGGACUCCUCCAAAGGAUGAUGGCAAUGCUGCCAUUACGGGCUACACCAUCCAGAAGGCUGACAAGAAAAGUAUGGAGUGGUUCACUGUCAUUGAGCAUUAUCACCGCACUAAUGCCACCAUUACUGAACUGGUCAUUGGAAAUGAGUACUACUUCCGGGUCUUUGCUGAGAACAUGUGUGGCCUCAGUGAGGAUGCCACAAUGACUAAAGAGAGCGCCGUGAUUGCCAAGGAUGGUAAAGUCUACAAAAGCCCAGUAUAUGAAGACUUCAAUUUCACAGAAGCUCCCAUGUUUACUCAGCCUUUGGUGAACACCUAUGCUAUAGCUGGUUACAAUGCCACCCUGAACUGCAGUGUGAGGGGAAACCCCAAGCCCAAAAUAACCUGGAUGAAAAACAAAGUUGCUAUUGUGGAUGACCCAAGAUACAGGAUGUUCAGCAACCAAGGAGUCUGUACUCUAGAGAUUCGAAAGCCCAGUCCUUAUGAUGGAGGCACUUACUGCUGCAAAGCUGUCAAUGAUCUUGGGACUGUAGAGAUCGAAUGCAAACUGGAAGUAAAAGUCGUAGCACAGUAAGGAUAUUUGAAUGUGUAUUAUCAUCUAAGGUGGUCUUUCCUUCUGCAGACUCCUCUUGCAAGGUGUGCCUCCAAACAUAAUUGAUUCUUAUUUGCGAGACUUGCAAUCAAGCAACCCUGAGGAAUAUUGAGGGUUUGGGCACUGCCCAGCUAUUCUCCACUGCUUUGAAGUCUGGUUGCAAUGAGAAAGCAUUUUCUGUUUUUUCCACCAAGCCCCCAAGUGUGUUGGUUUUUCUCUCCUCAAGAAGUUGAAGGGUAAAAGAAAAAAUGUUUGCACGGAUUGCUUAAUUAAAAAUUGCUGACAAAAAUCA